CUGUCAAUCACCUUCACGAUCGGUUGUCUGUCCGUCGAUGAUGGUCUGAGGUAAAACAAAAAUAAAAAAGAAAAUGGAGAAGAGUCUAAGCGAAGAGUUUUCCCGUUGACUCCGUGCUUCCUGAAUCUGAAGGCGGCUGUUGAUGAGUGGCUUUCCCCUCCUCCCUCCGGCUUUCUGAGGGGGAGAGAGGGGUAAAGUCUUGAAGACAACCGCCGCCGCCAUGGCCGAGUUCGUGUUGCCGCGGCACAGCGCCGUGGUUGAGCGGCUCCGUAAGCGGAUCGAGCUGUGCCGCCGGCACCACACGGCCUGCGAGGCGCGCUACCAGCGGGCCUCGGCCGAGCGCCUGGACCUGGAGCGCCAGCACAGCCUGGCCCUCCACCAGCGCUGCCUACAGGCGAAGAACAAGCGGGCCGGCAAGCAGCGGCCUCCCCAGCCUCAGCCUCCGCCACCACCGCCUCCUACUACAGCCGUACAGCAGGACUCGCAGGUCGGCUUCAGGAGCAGCAACCCCGGGGCCGCAACCAACAAUGUGGACUCUCCUCCAGGAGCUGCGAGCGGGGAUCAAAGCAGAACAAGCACGCUGCAGGCGCUUCACGAGAGGGUGAAGAAGAAAUUAAUGGUUGAUGGCUCAUCUUUGAAUGGAGAUCAACAAAAUGGAUUUGAAGAUGGGAGCUAUUCAAGCCCUAAGAAACUCCGAUUGAAUGGAGAAGAUGCAUCAGGACUGCUUGCAGUUAAUGCAUCUUCUAAUGGCAUGCCACCAAUGUCUCCGUUGCACCAACGAGACAAAAGAACUGUAAUUGGAGAGAGCGCACAAAGCAACGGAAACCAUUCCUUGGGCUUGGACAAUGUGAAGAAAGAAAAUAUUCCUGACUCCAGUGUGCAGGUGAAUGGGAACUGUGAUGGUGCUGAUGGGUUCACUCUUAUUAAAGAACUUAAGCAGGAGUCUGUGUUGGAUUUACAUGGUAUGAACCCUGCAGGCACUUCUCUGUCUCAGAAUAACAUGUUUCCAGAUAUUAAUUUGAAUGAACAAGAGUGGCAGGAAUUGUUUGACGAGCUAAACCGAUCUGUGCCGGACCAAGAUAUACAGGAUCUCUUCAAUGAAGAUUUUGAGGACAAAAAGGAUAUUGAACCGGCUGGUUCUUCUGAUCAAACAACCUUACAAGACAGCUUAACAAUAAAAACUGAGAUUUCUUCAUCUUCCUUUGAGCACGAGCAAAAAGGAUCUUCGCAAACUAGACCAUCUGCAUCAGGACCUUCAUUUUCAAGCGUAUCUGUAGCUCCUGUUAAUACAGCCCCUUCAGGAGUUGGUAUUUCUCAGGCUAUGGCACAAACGACACGCCCAACUCAGCUUUCAAUAAGACCGGAGUCUAGUGCCCUGUUGCCUGGGAAGGCAGGGCCAUCUGUGGAACGGUCUCCUGCACAGCAGCUGCAGCAGAUGGCCGCUAAACAGAAGCAGAGAGCACAACUCCUACAGAAACAGCAAAUGCAGCACCCCUCGCACCCCUCGGCCAAUCAGGUACCAAACUGGUCAGCAGCACCUACCCAAAGCCCUCUUGGUGGACCCUACAGCCUCGAUAAACCCAACAGUCCUUCACUGUACCCACAAGACUUCAACCAAAAGCUUCCAAUGACCAGUGUGCAGCCAAAGAGCUCUCCAAAAGCUGGUGGUAAUUACCUCCAGCCAAAUCGUGUCCCAAUGUUAAGCCAUCAGCCUAACACUUUGGGGCAAAAUUCCACAAACAGCCAGGCUCCUCUGCUAAGCUAUGCCAACACUAAACGGUUAACUCAUUUUGAAAUGGAUAACAAUUCAAGAGCUGUGCCACCUAACCACAACAAAACUGCAAUGUUUGCCUAUGUGCGACAGCAGCAGACACUUUCCCAUCUCAGUGAUGAGCAGAAACGAAUGCUGUUGAAACAAAAGGAGCUUCCCCAGGGUGCUGUUACAUACAGGCCUCUUCUGCAGCACAGUCAGGAUCAAAAUCCUGGAACUGUCACCAGGACAUCAAACUCUGUCCAGGCAUCAGGUCCAGGCACUCAGCCUCCACCUGCUUCUAUCGCUGGUAACCAUGGAAAUGCUGCAUACAUCGGUAGCCAGCAGCAGGCUGUCGCCAUGAAACAGCAAAUUUUGAUGGAUCAGCAGAAGCAACGAGAACAGCUACAGUUGAUGGAGCAGCAGAAGCAGCAAUAUCUUCAGAGACAGCAGCUGCUGGCAGAGCAGGAGAAGCAAAGAAAACAGCAGGAACAACAGUUGCAGAGGCACCUCACAAGGCCUCCGCCUCAAUAUCAAGACCAGCAGCAAAACCAGUACCGUGUUGAGCAAGUUAACCAGUUUCAGGGUCCCCCUCAAGUUCUUCCAACGGUUGGAAAUCUGGCUGCUGCGAAUGCAAGCAGCUCACGGUUGUUCCCUCAGAAUCAAAGCAUGAUCCAGAUUGGGCCAAGCCAGAGUUCUGUCUCCUCCAGUAGCUCUGCUGCUGGUCAGUCGGAACUAGGAGCAUCUCAGUAUGGUAAUAUGCACAAUGUCCAACAGGGAAUGUACAAUGUGGGGUCAAAUGUGAACCAAAUGCUUCCACAUUCUGCCCAGGGCACAAUUGGAAAUGGGCAGCAUUCAAAUCCAUUGCAGAUGCAACCGAGUAUGACUCCAGGAACUCCCAUGGUAACAGGAUACGGUCAAAAUCACCUCAACAGCUCAAACCAUGCACAACAGCAACACAACAAAGGAACGGUGAACCAGCCUGUAUCAAAGACCCAUUUGCAGAGGUUGCCAGGUGCUGUGGUAAGCCAAAAUCCAACAUGGCCGAACCCAUCUUUGCAAAGCAUAAAUAACCAAAAUCAAACAAACAGCAAUCUAGUAGCAUUCAGCAGUACCUCAACCUUCCAUGUGCGUCCAUCUCGGCCUAAAUUUGCCAGCCAGCAGUUUGUGCAGGGAAUGUCUCGUACAGGUCUUGCGUCAGUCAGACCAGUGGGAUCCAUCAACUCAACUGUUGGUGACCAAGUGAUGCCUGCAUUAGGUGGACCUCUGUCACGGACAAACCAGCCCUUGCAGCAGACUAUCCCUAGUUUAAACCAGUCCAUUCCGGACAUGACUAACUUUGCUUCCAGCCAACAAAUGGCCUCAAGGGGGAACCUCCAAUGCAACCAGGUUUACCAGGUAAGAGGCACCAGCCAGGAGCUACCUUUUAACUAUGGUAACCAGUCUGGUGGUAGCUCAGUUCAGGGCUUACCUGGAGAUACAGACUUGAUGGACUCUCUAUUGAAAAACAGGACUACAGAGGAAUGGAUAAUUGAUUUGGAUGAACUUUUGGGAUCUCAUCAUUGAAGGAUAGCUUGCUGAUCAUGUGUAAUUUUUGAAUUUUUAUAUAAACAAUAUGGGACCAAAAAAUAAAACUAACAAAACCCCCGUGGCACAUGGCAGGUAAAAAUGUAUGGUUGGGAAUCGUAUUAUGGACAGGUUUUUAAAAUAUUUCUAUUUUACUGCGAAAUGGUCAGAUUACAACAUUUUUAUAUAAAAUAUAGUUUUUUAAAAAGUUCCUUUAUUGUACACGGGUUGCUCCUUGCCAGUCAGAAAAUCCACAUCAGAUCACAACUUUUGAGUAAUCAUCUCCACACCUGUUUACCCAAGCUUGCCGGAUCAUAAUCAAGUAAUAGAAAUGGAGAUUGUUGGAAACACGUGGCUGGUUUGUCAGUUUUUAUACACAUUUUCGAAAAGCCUAAUUAAUCUAAUGAAAAAUACACAUCUCUCUUUCUUGAUGCAGGUUGGCCUCUUGUCCAUUUCAAAAGAUUUCCAUUUUAUUUCAGGUUUUAGUCCUUUACAUUUUUGUUGUAUCCUAGUCAGUAUUUUAUCAUUUGCCUGUCAUUUCCUUUACUCUUGAUUUUGGAGGUAGCUUGGUCUUGCAGCCCAGCUAUUUCUCAAGAAAGGAAGUGACCAAUAAAGUCACUGCUGUAGUAACACAUUAUUAAGGGUUGAAUUAUUCAUGUUCUAUUCAUGUCCCUGUCUUGAGCUUUUACAUGUCUCAAACCGAAAGCAUACAAAGCGGCCAUUGGCCCUUUGUGUCUGACAAGAAACCACUCUGCCUAAUCCCACUUUCCAACCCCUUGUCUGUAGCCAUGGAGUUUAUGGCACUUCAUGUAUAUAUCCAGGUUAUUUUUAAUUGUUGAAGUUUUUGCCUCUGCUACCCUAUCAGGCAGUGGGUUCCAGAGCUGCCUCAUCCUAGUGAAAAUCAUUUUCCUGUAAUCCCCUCCGAACCCCUUACCUCUCAACCUAAAUUAAUAUCACAUUGUUAUGGAUCCCUUAAGCAGAUGAAGUGAAUAGGAAAGACCCCUUAAUUUGAUACAUUUCAGUUAGGUCUGCCCUUAGCUGCCUCUCUUCGAAAGGAAACAAUUAGUGUAUCCAGUCUUUCCUCACAGUUCAAAUUCUCCAGUCCGGGUAGCAUUCUUGUACCCUCUAGUGCAAUCACAUCUUUCCUAUUGCGCUGUGAGCUAAUUGUUUUGUGCCAUUUUUGUUGUGUCCCUGAUUUUAGAUUAUCUGCUUUAGUUAAUAGAGGGAAGGGUUCUGUAUUCCUCCUUGGUCACCUUAGCUACCCAUACUUGCUGCUUUUUGUGUGAUCUCAGCUUCUUGCUGUGUAAUUUGUGUAUGUUGUUCUGAUUCUGAUCUCAUUUUAGUUUUCUUCUUUCUUCACUUUCUCGCUUUUUAUAUGACUUUCUAACCAAGUUCAGCAACAAAAGUAUGAGGUUUUUUAUGAAUUGCUCACUACAAAAUCAUCACGCAUCUUAGUUUAUCAUUUAUUUCCCAACCAUCUAUGUUGUGCGAGGCCACAAAGGGCACUCAGUUUUGUGGAUGUGAAACUGCAGUCUGUUCAGCAAAAAAAGGCAAGUUUCCUUCCCUAAAGUGCUUUAUUGAACCAAUGUUUCAGAUGGUUUGACAGAUUUGUGGUCAUGCACCAAAUUAUAAAAUUUAUUUCUGGAUCCCUUUUCAAAAAUGUAUUCAAAUCAUUGUUUCUCAAUGGGAUUUGAAUUCAUGUUUUCUGCAUUGUUAGUUUGGUAACAUAAUUACACCACUGUAUCCCAUGGAAAUGAUCACUGUUCUCUUGCUCACAGUAGGAGGUAAGAAAUGAUACUGCAUUUAGAGUAUUCUUAAACUAUAGUUGGAACGCAUCUGCAUUGCUGUAUUGAACAGUUCAUUGCACUUUACUUUUUUGUUUCAGAUCCCCCACACCCCUGUAAAUUUGGAUUUGGUGGGGGGGUAGAAUACGAGUUAUUGUAUGUAAAGGCAUUUGUGGCACUGUGGUCUAUUUGGGCCUAUAGUCAAUCAAUUGAAUAAACUCCAUUGGAUUGUUUCAGACUCCUGACCAGACUUGGUUCAAACUUUUAAAAGUAGUUUGGCAGCUGAAAAGGUUUAAUUGCACUAUGCACUCAGUGACUGUUUCACGCUUAUUUUGUCUUGUCCAGGCCACUGAGAGCAUAGUAUUAAAGGGGAGGUUUUGACAUCUACCGGUGCCUCAGGUAUGCUGUCUUUUCCAAUAUUGGAAAUAUGGCUCUUUGGAGGCCUGUGCCACAUUUGUCUCUUCUAGAUAUUUAUGUACCAGAUUCAUUUGGGAGUGGCGGGGGUUUAGUAUUUGUCUUUUUCACUUGACUGGUGCAGGUGCAUAUUAUCAGGAUGAAAUGGCCAGAUACAGAAUGAAAAUCAGCCAUUCAUUUUCCCAACCAUCCAUUUCCCAUGGUUGAAAUAUCCUAUAGCAAAUUUAUUGAUUUCCAAUCAUGGUGCUUGCAGUAUCUUAAUGUUUAAGUCAGUCAGAUUGUGUGCGUGUGUAUAUAAAUGUUUACAUUUUUAUAAAAGAAAAAUUGAUAUAAGUAUUUAGUUCCUUGUCUGUAAUAUAUUUUUGCAUUUUAUAGUUAAACGCAUUUCUUGGUAUGAUUUUUUUCUAAGUCUUAACUCUGCAACUGUUAUUGAUAUUGACUGUACUCACUCUCUAACCUUCAUUUUGUAUUCAGCUGUAAUGUCAGACUUUGAACCCCCACCAUUUGAGCUAUUAAAGAUCAAUUCUGGGGGAAAAUAACCAAUGGCCAAAUCUGGUUUUAGUCAUUCUCUCCUUCAGAAUUGAAGUUUUUUUUUUAAAAAAAGGUUUAAUUUAGUUUGCCCAGAAUCUGUUCUUUAAUGAAUAUUCCAUGUGUGUAUGUCAGGUUAUAAACAUCAGGUUAAUUAGUUUACCUGAGACUUGUUUUAUCUUAAUGUACAUUUUUGUUCUGAUUGAUCUCAUCCAACUUGCAUCCUCAUUGGACCCAUUGUAUCCCUGUGCAGAAAUGAAUCCAAUUACCUAUUCAGCCAGUUUAUAGUAUUGGGUUUAAUGACCUCUAAUUUUAGCUCUUGAGUUUUAACUCUCCUCUUAAAAGUACAUGCUGACAGUUUUAGAGUUUUGACAAUUCAUUUCUGCUCCAAUCUGCUAAAAGGUAUCUGAUAUGUAUUUUUAAAACAAUCUUUACUUUAUUAACUUUAAUUCAGAUUAAAUCAAUACAUAUAGGUUAAAUACAGAUAAAACUUUUAUUUGUGCCAAGCAGGCUAUGUAUGAUGCCUAUUCUUGUUCCCUUAUGUACAUCUUUUAAAGUGUUUUUUUAAAUGUUAAUCAAAUUGCGGUAAAGAAAGUGGUAUAACUGCUCUUUUAAGUUUAAAAGUGUAAUUAAGAAUAUGAAGUUUCAAACAAUUGCAUGCCAUUCUGGCACUGCACUUGGAAUUCAAAAAGCUAAUGUCGAAUCUGUCACCUUACAGUAAUUGUCUUCAUUUCUCUUUAGUUUGUGGCCUCUUUUACAGGUUAGUGUAUCUCUCAGAUUGCAUUUGCUAACUGUCCCUCCUGGGCCUUGGACAAGCUUGAUUUUUUUUUAGUAAAUCUGUUGUGUUAAUUGAAAAUAUAUAUAAUUGAAAGUGAAUUGAUGUUGACAUUUAAUGUACUAAAUUGGAAAGUAGAGAACAAAAUAGGCUUCUGUCAAAUUUGCUAUUGGUGCCUAAAGAGGUUUUUAAACUAGUUAGAAAUUGUCAUUGGUGUUUAAUUGCCAGAAUAAUUUAAAUUAAAUAAAUAGGUCCGAGUUCAGUCUUCUCACUUUUUUAUUUUUGAGGCCCUGUUUAUAUUUGUGUAGUGUUAAUUUUAUUUGAUUAACUCUUCAAACAUGGGAACAGGCCUUUCACAUUACAAAAGAUUCUUGGGCCAUCUGUGCAAAAUAAUUCUCAGCUUUUAAUUUUCUUUUAUGAAAGAAUGGCGUUAAUGCACACUCUCUCCAAUAGUACUGAUAUCAGUGCAAUCCUGGGCUGAAUUGACAGCCCAUUUCUCCUCUACCUGGGUUCCUCAACAAGCUAAUGGCGAACCACCAAGAAAAGUAUAAGCACUGAAAGCUGGAGUAUUCUCUCCUUCAACAAACUCAUGACUGAACUUUUAACUCUACUCCACUUUCCUGUUCUACCCAUAUCCCUUGAUGAGUGGGAGGUAAGCUGCCAAUUGACCUUGCAUUACUUUUUAAACAGUACUGUUGGGAAGUGAAAUUUUCUGUACGUGCUCUAUGUACCCUCCUCUGUCAUAGCCGCUCCCGUGUUCAUUUUCACCAUGAUCAGAAAUCUCUGUGUGUGGCUUUCAACAAAGCAUUGAAUAGAAGUUGUGACCCUCAGUAGUAACACUGCUUCAGGACCUGUCUGUAAUUGUCAGGUUGGGAAGUGAUUUGGUCAUCAUGAUGUCAAUGGAUCAGUGACACUGUUGGAUAUCUCUGUUCCUCUGACGUUAGGGGCCCCUUUUUGUGGUCUCUCUUGGGUCGUACAGAGUGUGAUUGAGAGCACAGCUGUCUGAAACCAAGCCCCUGUCAAUCUUGCUGUGAUCUCCUGGCUAUAUUGUGGACAGAAGUAUAUGAAUUUGAUUCUCUGAACUUCCCAAUGGAAUCUGUCCAAGAUUGGUGUGGGGACAGGCUUACUGAUACUGCAUUGGUGUUCGUGUUAAUACUUUAAUAGGUUCAACCUUGCAUUCUGGCGAUGGGGUCAGUAGAACUAAGUUGAAAACUUUGUAGGAACCUGCUGGACUUCAUAUAAUGAAUUUGUUUCUGUUUAUCUAAAACUGCUUCCCCUUCUCCACUUAUGAUUAACCCAAACUAGAUUUGGCCAUGUGGGAUUUUUUCUAUCAUAAACUAUUUAAUUGUAAAUAAACUAAAUAUUGAGAAUCAUGCACAAAUAAAGACUCAUAAUUUGUUUGUAA